AUGUCGGGGAAAUCGCUUGUUGGUCAUUUGUUUCGUUCUGAUGAUAUACAACACAGAAAAGAAAAUAUUAUCAGCUUUUUAUCAUCAAAACUGGACCAGCAACAAAUUGACUGUGAUUAUUUAGAAUCACUGGGCAUAAUAGUCUCGCAUCUUCCAGAUUUUUCAACGAACACAGAACCGCCCAAACUCGUAUUCAAUGAACAAUUAUGGAUAAGAAACGCUUUAAACACUAUAUUAACUAAAACUUGUAUUCCAACGCUUCGUAUGCCUCGACCAACGGCGUAUGAUGGAGAUAAAAGAGAUAAGAUGAAGAUUUUUGAGUUAACAUACGAACUUGUGUCAAAUAUUGUAUGUAAAGGACCAUUAGAAAAUGCACAAUGUAUCUGGAGUUUACUGUUGAAAUCGCUGCAAAGUUUUGUUGAUGAGUGUAAGAUUGGUUUUGAUGUAGGUCAUGAGGAUGAUGGAUCACUACUACCGGUAUGUUAUGUACAUAAAAAGCUGGGAUACACAUACACGACAGGGGCAGAUCUGGCCUGAUUUGGUAGAGGGGGUGGAGGUUUUCCAAAGGGGGAUGCAGUACCAUGGAGGACCAAAGGCAUUGUCCCCCUGAAAAUUUUUGAAAUUUGAAGACCUGAAAUGCCAUUUCCUGCAUUCUAAGUGUUACAUUUAUUCUUUAAAUUUAAAUUUGUCCUCAUAGUAUGAAAAGUGCUAUUGGUGCUUGAAUACUUUCUCGCUUAUUGUUUAUAUUGUCGUAAUUGUACAGCAUGUGCAGUUGGACACGCCCAGCAUGUAGCAAUAACUGUAUGCGAUUGGUUCUCUAAAUUUAGCAGUCAUUCUAAAAAUACAUGUGAACUUUGACAUGUUUUGACAUAAUAUUGGAACAGAGCAUGCUCGACAGAAAUUAAACACAAAAACGGCAGAGCUCAAGGGUACUUUUUUGCAUAUUCGAAAAUCAAUCGUGUCAAUAUAAUAAGUAGUAUUGAAUUUCACAACUCAAAUAUGGAAUAUAUCAGUUUUCUUCAAGGGGGUGCUGGACACCACAGGCGAUUGUGCACACCCCUGCACCUCACCAGUCCACCCCUGAUACACAGCCAUAAUGGCUGGUCCAUUUUAUAUCAACCCCCCACGCCUAUGGAUGAGGUGAGUAACAUUUUAACCCUUAAGAAAAAAUAUCCAUGCCGACACAAGACCCCCUCAGAAAUUUGUAAAUGGGUCAUUCCAGAAAAUGGCUGAUUGUGACUUUUUACGCUGUUUUCAAAUAGCUCCGGCGUGGCAGAACACUUGGCGGCUUCUUGUGACUUGCGAACACAAACACGUGGCAGGUUUUGUCGGAUAAUUUGCAGAAAUUCACUUCGAAAUUCGUCCAAGUAAAAUUCGGACUGAAAUUCGAUGUAACUUGCGACUGAUUGACAAGCGUUGUUAUGUUUACUUACAUGUUAAUGCAUUUUUUAGUAUUACUGCAUUCCUUAACCUCGCCCUUAAUUAAUAUGAAAGCCAUUUCUAUUUUCUAGACACGCACCUCGCAAGGAAGCUUUACUGACUAUAUACUAAAACAAAUUGUUUUGAGUUCAGUUCACAUAGCAGUCUCUUAAUUCGAGCAACAGUUUAAUAACUUACUAUUAUUUUUAACACUUCAAUAAUUCAAACUUAUAUAUACGAACGAAAACUGCAAAACUUUACUUUUAUAUAUUAAAUAAAGCGUGUCAACUUUCGACUCAUUCUCAACAUGCAGGAUACACUGUUACGGCGAGUUAGUUUUUGGUGUCCAUGCAUGCAAAAGUGGGCCGCUUAUUUUGCUUACAAGUUACGUGAACGUAUAAUUAUUGCUGUUGCAUAAACGUUGCGGUGUUCAAGAGCUACAUAUAGCCGAUAAAAAUUGCAUGCUCAUUAUAAUCGCCGAUCACAUAGCUUUAUCACAGUCUCAAACCUUCAGACAAACAUAUCCACAUUCCUCUCCCCCCACAUCCUAAGACAUUUUUCCUCCCUCCCCCUUCGGACAGCAAAAAUUUCCUCCGUGAGGGGAGGGGUAUAGAUCUUUUCUGGAACGACCCAAUUUCCCCCUUACCCCUCAAAAAAUUGCAGAGAUCUAGAGAUGACGACAGGCUUAACCCCUAAGAAAUUACUUUGGCAAUGGUGUUUCUGUACAAGGCUUUGUUUGGUUAUGUGAAUGUUGAUGUCAGUAACUAUGUCUCGUUUGUCAGUCAUGGUUUAACUCGGCUGA